AUGUCAUUCGCCCCUCCAGUCCUGGUAGCCUCUGGUGUCGAGCUAGUUUGGACUGGUUACGACGCCUUCUCUCCUGCUUCUUCCUUGUCCUUAUCAAUAUCUGAUCAAGACUCUAGUCAAACCACUAAAUCUAGUCUAUUAGCUACAAGGAAAUCUAUCAAUAUCUCUUCUGCAAUCUACAUGGCCGACUCACUCUGGCUUUCUUGCGGCAUGAGAGGUCUUCAUGUCUGGUUGCCACUCUGUCAUGUACAUCAACAAACCCUCUCUCAAUCCUACUCUCCGCCUCAUCCUCUUUCUGGCCCGAGUAGCACUAGUUCACUUAAGUCUGGUGACACAAUUCAUCAGCUGGCGACUUCUGCAGAAUUUAAGAGUUCAAGAAGGCGAGUCCAUUCUCAGCAUCAGUCGUCACAGUCCCACUAUCAACAACAUCAGAUCAUGAAGCCUCAUCAGAAACGAGCAUUUUUUUCCGGGGAGUCAACGACUCCUCGUUAUUUGUCACGAAGGAUUAUGCUAUCUCUAAAAAACGACAUGGAAAAUGCGCACCCUUUAGGUAUCUAA